AUGGCUGCCUUCACGGGAGGGGAGGUCUACAAGGCAGAGUUUGAGCCCACGGCGUACCUGGAAUACUUCAAGAUUGGAGGAGGCACCUUGGGGGAUGAGUUCCUCACAUUUGUCCUGAAACACUACUGCAAAACCUUCACUUCGGGGCAUGCAGCAUGGGGAAGAGGUGAUGAUCAUCUUGAACCAUUCUUUAACCCCAACCUGACUGAUAUUGGCAGUGGACCCACCAUUUACCAGCUGCUUUCUGCCUGCGAGUCAUUUAAGGAGAUCAUUGCUUCAGAUUACAUAGACCAAAAUUGCCAGGAGCUGCUGAAGUGGCUGAAGAACGAGCCCGGAGCAUUUGACUGGACUCCGGUGGUGCAGCACGUGCGUGAGCUGGAGGGAGACAGGAACAAAUGGGCUGAGAAAGAGAGGAACUUACGAGGAGCCAUCAAACACGUCCUAAAAUGUGAUGUCCACGAAAGCAACCCCUUGGAUCCCGUUGUCCUGCCUCCGGCCGACUGCCUGGUCUCAUCGCUGUGCUUGGAAGCUGCCUGCAAAGACCAGAGCUCGUACCGCGCCGCUCUGAGGAACAUCAGCUCUCUGCUAAAGCCAGGGGGGCACUUGGUGCUGAGCGGAGAUUUGGGCACCAGUUUCUACGUGGAGUUUGACGUCCUCUCCAGGGAUGACGACACCAUGCAGGAAAUCUGCCAUUUCUCUGGGAUGUACUUCAUUGUCGCCCACAAAGAGAAAGCGAUUUAA